CCAACAUCUUAAAAAUUAUUUCAGAAGUGGAUUUUGCUUCAACAGAUCUUCAAACUGUGAAUAAUUAUGGAUACUGAUACAUAUUUACUGAAAUUUAAAGGAUACAACCUUAUACGUGCUAUGGUUGAUGCUGAAAGAUUAGACGAUAUUGAGGAUUUUGAAAUUAGAGAUGAUGAUGUCUUCAUAAUUACAUACCCCAAAUCUGGUACUAUCUGGACUCAGCAGAUAUUGAGCUUGAUUUAUUAUGAGGAUGCCCGUACACAAACUCAAAAUAUGGACACAAUUGACCGAGCCCCCUUCCUAGAGUACAACAUUCGUCAUAUGGACUAUAUCCAAAGACCAUCACCUCGCCUAUUCGCUUCCCAUCUACCAUAUUAUAUAGUACCCAAUGGUCUCAAGAACAAAAAAGCAAAAAUUGUCUAUAUCUACAGAAAUCCUAAGGAUGUUAUCACCUCAUUUUUUCAUUUUUCAAAUUUGGUGGCAACAAUUGAAACACAUGAAAAUUUGGAUAAUUUCAUUGAUAUUUUUCUAGAUGGAAAAGUUUAUGGAAGCCUUUGGUUUGAUCACAUCAAAGGCUGGUAUGAACACAGACAUCAAUUUAAUAUUUUGUUCAUGUCAUAUGAGGAGAUGAAGAAGGACCUUAGAAGUGCUGUGCAAAAAAUCUGCAAGUUUCUUGGGAAAGAACUCAGUGAAGGUGACAUAGAUGCUGUUGUGAAUCAAGCUACAUUUAAGAACAUGAGAUCUGAUCCACGAGCAAAUUAUAACGAUAUACUCAAAAAUGAAGUUGGGGUAAAAAACAACCAUGGACGUUUCCUGCGCAAAGGUACCAUUGGUGACUGGAAAAAUCAUUUCACUGUGAAUCAAAGUGAAAGAUUUGAUAAGAUAUUCCAAAUGAAUAUGAAAGAUAUCCCCUUGAAGUUCAUCUGGGAUAUAAAUGAGCAGUAGGUUUAAUGAAAGAGAAUCAUAAAAAUCUACUAUCACAGAACAUAUUUUCAUAUAUAUUAUCAAUUGUGCUUAUCAUAAAAAUUUCUCAUAAAAAUUGAUCAGCAAAAUGAAUAAUCAUUACAUAGAUUUGUUAUCACCAAUUUGAUUGUCAAUAAAACUAAAAUUGAAAGUACUUUUA